CAAAGUCUCUCUGUCAGAAACCGAGUUAUCGAUAAGUUAACCACAGGUUAAAAAAGCAGCCGAAGAAACAAUCACCGAAAACACAGAAACAUCGAUCGGAGCCGCGAUCGGUUAUCUACAUUUGUCAGUAUUGAACAAACGUGCACAUUUCGCCGCGCUUUCGAUUUCAACCUGAAGGUUUGAAAAUUAUACUGUUGAUGAGCUAGUAAUCGACGAAACUGUGCUAAUAUAAAUGUUUUGCAAGUAACAGUGGAUUCAGUUGUAAAAUGUACGAUCAAACGUACCUUUCUGCAACAGCUGCAGCCUCCAUCUUUAAAUCUUCCCGCCGUCUUCGUUCCCGCGAAAUUGCUACCUUAUAUAGAGACGAAUAAUCAUGUGACCAAUUUGCAUGAGCCUUGGUCUUCAAGAACAGCGGAAAAUAAAAAAUCCAACAUGGCGGACAGAGCGAUAGUAAGAAACUUGUGUAAAUCUCUGUUUUCGUCACGAUUUUCCUCCAUAAACGCAAAAUCUAUCAGGUAUUUUACCAGGUAUUUAUCAAGUAGAGCUAAUAACCUGAGAGAAGAGGAGAGCAGGAUCUCUUUUAUAACAGACGGCUGUAGUAUAGAAGAGCUGGAAAACGUGCAAGAUUUGGUGGAUGGGAACUUAGAAGUUCGGGAAAACUUUAUCUCCGAAGAAGAGGAAUCGUUGCUCUUGAAGGAGGUAGAACCAUACUUGAAAAGACAAAAGUAUCAGUAUGAUCACUGGGACGAUGCAAUCCAUGGUUACAGGGAAACAGAAAAAUCAAGAUGGAGUCAAGAGUGUUUGUCAAUAUUCCAGAGAAUUCGCAAUGCAGCAUUUAACUCAGACUUGGAACUGUUACCCCAUGUUCAUGUGUUGGACCUGGCUAAAACUGGAUACAUUAAGCCACACAUUGAUAGCAUUAAGUUCUGUGGAGCUGUUAUAUCUGGCCUCAGUCUGCUGUCACCUUCAGUCAUGCGAUUUAAACAUGAGAAGCUUGGCAAUGUCAAAGUUGAUGCCCUACUCAGACCAAGAUCACUAUAUAUCAUAAAGGAUGCUGCAAGAUAUCAGUUUACUCAUGAAAUAUUAAACGAGGAUGAAUCUGUUUGGAAAGGAGAGACCAUUCCUAGAGACAGGAGAAUAUCAGUGGUUCUCAGAUGCCAACCUUAACAUCACUGACGAAGAAUGUUUG